AUGAUGGAAGUGAGCCCACUGGAGUGGGGUCACUGGAUGGCCAGGGCUCUCCUGCUGACCUCAUCCCACAAAGUCAGCCACUGCAAGUCUCCACAGGUGGGCAUUUGUCGACCCAUUCUGCCCUCUGUUCUGAGUCAGGCGUGCUCCGCUCUCAGGCACAGAGCUUGGCAUGGGAGAACCCCUCCACCCACUCGCUCCCAAACUCAGUGGGGGUGUUGCAGAGGUGGCCGCAGCAAACCCAGCCACUUGUACAUCUGGCUUCCUGCACCUGAGAGCUUGAAUGGCGUCAAUGACAGAAACCUUGGAGUGGAGCCUCCAGGAAUUCAGAAGCAACAAACGUCAGGGUUGCCUUCAGGAAUGGAUUUACAUGUGAAGAAUCAGGUGGAAAACAUGACUGAAGUAACCAUGUUUAUACUAAUGGGCUUCACAGACAAUUUUGAGCUGCAAGUUGUCCUAUUUUUAUUGUUUUUGGCAAUCUAUCUGUUCACUCUGAUAGGAAAUUUGGGACUGGUUGUACUGGUCACUGUGGAUUCCCGGCUGCACAACCCCAUGUACUACUUUCUGAGCGCUCUGUCAUUCUUGGAUGCCUGCUAUUCUACUGUCGUCACCCCCAAAAUGCUGGUCAAUUUCCUGGCAGAAAACAAAGCUAUUUCAUUUUUUGGCUGUGCAACACAAUUGUUUCUCUUUGGUACUUUUGGGACCACGGAAUGCUUUCUGUUGGCUGCGAUGGCUUAUGACCGCUAUGUGGCCAUCUACAACCCUCUCCUGUAUGCAGUGAGCAUGUCACCCAGAGUCUACGUGCCACUCAUCACCGCCUGCUACGUCUGUGGCAUUUUGCAUGCUACUAUACACACGGUGGCUACGUUCAGCCUCUCCUUCUGCGGAUCCAAUGAAAUUAGACAUUUCUUUUGUGAUAUCCUUCCUCUUCUUGCUAUUUCAUGUUCUGACACUCACACCAACCAGCUCCUCCUCUUCUACUUUGUGAGUUCCAUUGAGAUAGUCACUGCCCUGAUUGUUCUGAUCUCUUAUGGUUUCAUUGUGUUGGCAAUUCUGAAAAGGCAUUCUGCAGGAGGGAGACAUAAAGUGUUCUCUACGUGUGGCUCUCACUUAACUGGAGUGUCAAUUUAUCACGGAACAAUCCUCUUCAUGUAUUUGAGACCAAGUUCCAGCUAUGCUUUAGAGCAUGACAUGAUAAUGUCUGUAUUUUACACCAUCGUGAUUCCCAUGCUGAAUCCCAUCAUCUACAGUUUGAGGAACAAAGAUGUGAAAGAGGCAAUCAGAAGAGUGGGAAAGAUUGGUGUAUGA